AUGUCAAACAGUCUGCCUCCAUAUUCAAGCGUAAUGUUCGUCAAAUUCGCCACUGGCUCGAGGAGGAGUCCGCUUCUGCCGCUAAGUCUUAUUGGAGCUCAGAGCCUACAGUUUAAAGGUCGAUCAUCUGAGCAUAAGCUACUCAAGGGAGAUGGAAAAGGCAAAGCCAAAGGAGAUACCGAAGAAGGACAUCCCCAAGGAGGACAAGCAGUAGAUCUGACUUAUGUUGAAAUUCUUAUCAGAAGCCGUGCAAUUUCCCACCUGAUGUUUCACAUUUUGGCCCGUAAAAUAUUUUACACCGACUAAUUUAGUUUCGCCAUAUACUAUAUCGUUUUGUAGCCCCUCAUGUAGUUGCCACUUUAUGGUUGCCAAGGUUAUGUAUUAAGAUGUAGUAUCAAUUAUAACAUAAAGAUACUUAAAGAGAUCUGCAUGAUAUUGUGAUACUUGUGAUGGAAUUAUUGGGUUUAACCAAUAAAGCGAAUAAAAAACAAUAUUAUUGA